AUGACCAAGUUUCUACAUCAGCAUCAUCAUCAUUCUUAUCAUCAGUUCUAUCUUCAUUAUCAACAUCUUCAUCGAUUGAAUCUUUUACACUUUUUUCAUUAUAAUAUUCUUGAAGGAAUUGUUUAUUUACUUGCUUAUAUAAAUGAUAUUUUAAUAGGUUUAAAACAUUUAUCAACAAUAAAUGAUUCAACAUCUUUAAAAUCUCCAUUAAAACUUGAUGAAUCAGGUGAUGAUGAAGAUGAUGAUUCACAAGAUGAUGAAGAUAUAAAUAUUGAUAAAAAAAAACAAACUCUUCUUUCAUCAACAAUUCAAUCUAAAUAUGAUCGAAAUAAAUAA